UCGAUGGGGAACAGAACAGAGGUGACAGAAUUUAUCCUGCUGGGACUGACCAGUGACCCAGACCUGCAGGUCCCCCUCUUUAUCACCUUCCUCAUCAUCUACAUUGUCACACUGGUUGGGAACCUGGGAAUGGUCCUCCUGAUUCUCCUGGACUCUCGUCUCCACACCCCCAUGUACUUCUUCCUUGGCAAUCUCUCUCUGGUGGAUUUUUGUUACUCCUCAGCUGUUACUCCAAAGGUGAUGGCUGGGCUCCUUAUGGGAGACAAAAUCAUUUCCUACAAUUCUUGUGCUGCUCAGAUGUUUUGUUUUACUGCCUUUGCUACUGUGGAAAAUUACCUGCUGGUCUCAAUGGCCUAUGAUCGCUAUGUGGCAGUAUGUAAGCCCCUCCAUUACACCACCACCAUGACAAGAAAUAUGUGUACAGGUCUGAUUCUAAGCUGUUAUGUCUGUGGUGUUCUGAAUGCCUCCAUCUAUGCUGGUGACAUAUUCAGUCUCUCCUUCUGUAAGUCCUCUAUCAUCCAUCACUUUUUCUGUGACAUUCCAGCGGUUAUGGUUCUCUCUUGCACUGUGAAACAUGUUAGUGAGAUGAUUAUUAUCUAUGUAGCCAGCUUUGAUAUAUUUUUUGCUCUCACAGUAAUCUUAACAUCUUACACAAUCAUUUUCAUCACCAUCUGCAAGAUGCACUCAGGUGCUGGACAUCAGAAAGCUUUGUCCACCUGUGCAUCCCACUUCACUGCGGUCUCCAUUUUCUAUGGGACUGUUAUCUUCAUGUACCUACAGCCCAGCUCCAGUCACUCCAUGGACACGGACAAAACUGUGUCUGUGUUUUACACUAUGGUCAUCCCUAUGUUGAACCCUAUGGUCUACAGCCUGAGGAACAAGGAAGUCAACAGUGCAUUCACAAAAUACUUUCUGAAGUCAAAGUAG